AUGUCUGGUCGUCAAGGUGGUAAGGCUAAGCCAUUAAAGGCUCCUAAGAAGAAGCAACAAGAUUUUGAUGACGAUGAUUUAGCCUUCAAGGCUAAGCAAAAGGCUGAUGCUGCUGCUAAAAAAGAAAUGGCCGAAAAGGCUAAGAAAGGUGGUCCAAUGGUUGGCGGUGGUAUCAAGAAGUCCGUUAGAUCUAGAUUGCUUAUAGCCAGCUUGGCCACGGAGUCACUUGUUGUUAAGGAGGGGAAACAACAAUACAUACGUUUCUUCAUAAUGAAACCCGAUGAAGAAGUGGAAGUACCACCAAUCGAAGACGUCUUUAGUGAUGUUCAAAAAAAACAACAGGAUGUUCCUGAUACCACAACAACAAAUGUUGAAUUAGCAGAUAAACUUGGAAAUGUUCAUAUCAAUAUACUUUCUCAAAGAAAGUUAAUCAUAUGUUUGGCUGCAAUGUCUUUAGGAUUACUUGUAGUCUUUGUUGAUCAAUCAUCAUUAUAUGUUGCGACUCCUAUAAUGGCUAGGGAAUUGAAAGGAGCUCAAAAUUCUAUCAAUUGGGCAGCUACAGCUCAAUUAUUAUCUAACACUUCUGUUCAAAUCUUAUAUGGUAGAUUUGCUGAUAUGUUUGGGAGGAAGACUGUGUUGAUCCUUGCCUUGGGAAUUCUUGCCGUGGCAGAUUUGGCCAGUGGAUUUGCUCAAACUGGUGUGCAGUUCUAUAUCUUUAGAGCAUUCGCAGGUAUAGGAAUUGGCGGGGUUCAAUCUCUCACUAUGGUUAUACUUAGUGAUGUGGUCACAUUAAAAGAUAGAGGGAAAUUUCAAGGGAUUCUUGCAGCUCAAAUUGGUAUUGGCAACUGUGUUGGACCCUUUGCCAUGGCGGCGUUUGUUGAGCAUAGUUCUUGGAGAAACUUUUAUCAUUUGAUAGCACCUAUCGUGGUGGUCGUUUUAAUCACUCUUUAUUUUGUGGUGGACAUUGGGAACAAGAAUGAACUUGAUAAAGUUUUGAAUAAGAGAGAAAAAUUCAAAUCAAUUGAUUACGGUGGAAUAGCAUUUAGUACAACCAGUUUGAUGUUCUUAUUAAUUGCUCUUAAUGGAGGAGGUACCACGUUUGCUUGGAAUAGUGCAAUAGUUAUCUCCAUGUUUACUUUGGGUGGUAUUCUUUUUAUAAUGUUUUUGAUAGUGGAAGGUAAAAUAGCCAAACUUCCAAUGAUACCAUUGGUUCUUUUCACCAGAAGGUCUUUAUCAAUAGUUUUGCUUUCAAAUAUUCUUUUUGGAAUGGCUUAUUAUAGUCUUCAAACUUAUAUCCCUUACUACUUACAAUUGGUUAGGGGAUAUUCAGCAAUAAAGAAUGCAGCAGUGGUAAUUGCCUUGGUUCUACCUCUGUCUAUAACAUCAACGAUCGGAGGCCAAAUCAUUAGUUAUACUGGCCAUUAUUAUUUCGUCAUUAUCACCGGGUACGGGUUAUGGACUUUAGGAAGUGGCCUAUUAUUGUUAAUCACUCCCACUAUUAACAUCGGAUGGGUAGUUUUCAUUUUAAUCAUCACUAGUGUUGGAGUGGGGUGCACUUUCCAACCAACAGUCGUUGCAGCCCAAGCAUUGUCCAAGAAAUCAGAACGAGCAGUUGUUAUAAGUUGUCGUAACGUUAUUAGAUCGUUUGGUGGGGCAUUGGGAAUAGCAAUCUCUUCUUUAAUUAUUUCCAAUGAUGUUUUGAAGUCAAUUAACCGUGCACUGAAGAACCCAACUACAUCAUUAACAAAGAGUCAGCUUGAAUACAUCAAGGAAAACAUUUAUACCAAGGUUGACUUUUCUUUAUUUGAUCCAAGUCAACUAAAAGAACUCCAGAAUAUUUAUAUGAAGGCCAUCAGAAAGUAUUUCUAUAUGACAAUCCCAUUGAUGGGUGUAUGUUUCUUAACAGCAUUCAUGGUAGAAGAUCAUGGGUUGCAUUGUAUUGAUGAACUCCCUCCUGAAGAAAAAGCCAAAUAA